AGGUUCAUCUUGGACAGGGCUUUUCUGCCCUUUUCGUGAUGCUGAUUUUACAGAACGUCUCUGGCAUCGUGGUGGGGUACUUCCAUCAAGACUGUUUCCUGCUUGUUUCCACGGCUUUCGGCACACUUGCUGCAGCUUUUGGUCUUGCAAGGAUCUUCCCCAAGCUUGUGCGGGGAGUUGGGACUUGUCCCUGUUGUUCCUGCUACUCAUGCUCGAUGAUCAUCUACAUCGUGACAGCAAUGAUUGUGGUGGUGGCUGGUCUUCUUCCAGGUGAUCCCAAUAAAAUUCUUGAAAAGAGCAUGUUUUCUCCAGCGCCGAACGGAUCCUACUUUGAUGUCAAUCACCAAGCACCAGGUGCGCUUGCAGGCUUUGGAGCAUACCCAAUUUGCAACAACAUCCAGUGGGACAGCCCAAAACCUACAAAAGGCUCCCAGCUCACAGCUCUUGAUCUCCUGGCUUUUGCACAAGCAGUGUAUAUCGGGCCUCGAAAAGAUAUUCAAGAAGAACUGGACAACGCCACGUUGAACACUGAGCUCUAUCCAGUGACUAUAGAUUCCAUCCAGGAUACAGGAGAAGUUGGUCGCGUUGGCGUUUUCAGCAUGUCCAACGUGAAAACGCGUGUGAUUGCCAUCCGUGGCUCAAGCCAAGCUCCAGAUUGGACCUUCAAUUUGGACGUUUGGGGUCCUGGAGUCUUCCACAGCUUUGUGAUCAACGCGUUUCCCUUCGGCACCUUGGUCCCCGUUACCUUUGCUACGAGAAGGCUCAGCUUCGAUGUUCGCGGGCUCUUGGGACUAGAUCAUCCAUGGGUUCGAAUUCUAAAGCAGAUCCAAGCGGCCAAGAAACUCAGCGAGAAGGAUGGCUACAACUUGAUCCUAACUGGGCACUCGUUGGGCGGUGGCCUUGCACAAGUCCUCGGCAGUUUGGAGAGAAUCCCUACACUGGUUUGGAUGCCUGUUGGUGGUGCCUUUACCGCCUACCGCACUUUUGGCUUUGUGAUCAACGAGCUACCAUUGGAGAACAACAUUGUCGCAGUCGUUCCUUGGGGCGAUCUUGUUCCUGCACCUUUCAGUUGAAUUAGAGUUUCAAUUAAAGAGUACCCCGACAAACCCUGAACGGUGUGAUGAUGCGAAGAUUCUUGUUCCUGCGCAACUCCUCUUCAAGCAUAUGUAGGUUUGUUCAAGCUACCUUGGUUGUGUAAUCAUGUCCUGUUUCUCGGAGUGUUCGGAAAUAGAUACGCACCGCAGAGUAAUUGCAUCAAUGCAGCACAGUGCGGCGAAUGUCCUUGCGUUUUUUUACGGCGCAUCUUCGAGAACUAUUUGACGCAGCGCGCACAAAACUCAGAUGUCUUCAAAUACGAAAAGCUAUGGUUCCUCAAGCGCAUGCCACAAGCUGCAGUACCACACAACGCGCCUUUGAACAAAUGUUCGUGUGAGAUCCAUGUCAAACUGAAUGGUGUUGCAACCGUCGCAGCUUUGCGUGAAGCGGCGGAAUUGAGAACCAAACAGUCUGGAACCUAGUGAGCCUUCCACAAGAACUGUUUCAUCAUCUACAUUUACUGUACCAGUUCUGCAAGACACCACACGUUUUCCGAUGGACGCGAGCUGCUUUCCAAUGUCUUGCUUUCUCGUUCAAAUUGAUUGGCAAGAUGGCAGGCACUGUCGGGAUCACGCAUGGUAACAACCCAACACGUGGGUUGCAGAGCAAGAUCACCUAUUGCUUGCCAUUCUUUGUUCGAGAUGCUUUGCGAACUCUACCGUAAAUGUGGUGAUCCACGUGGCCGGGAUUUGCACGCAACUUGCGACAAGGUUGUCGGCCCCAAUUGGCAAGAUAUCCCUGUGAAGGGCUUCGUUUGGCACACCUUUUUUUAGGUCUCACUACCUUUAUUCCCUUGUUUUUGUGGCUAGGCCAAAAGGUGCCCAGUCUUGAGGCAAAAUCGCCUCAAGGGUUCCGUUGUAGAAGCAGAAAUCGGACCGUUUGUACUUUGCAUGCAUUAUAAUCAGCAGGGAAAA